UGAAAGUGAUAUGUUACUUGCAGGAACUGAAAACAAUAUCGAUUGAAAUAAUCUCUUUUGAUGUGACGUGAUUUUUGGACAGUGCAUGAUCAUGGGAUAAACAACCUAUCAAAUUCAUAGAGUGGUGGCAGAAUCUGCUUCUCGUGCAUGCAUUUGUUGUUUUUAUAAACUGCGUGGAUUUUAUAAAGAUUUAAAAGAUAGUUUAGAGCUUGAUGGAUAAGAACGGUUUUAUUUGAAAAUGAAACAAAUUUUAAACUGAACAUAUGUAAUUUGCUUUAGACAGAUCAACCCUGUGAUAUAUUGUAUGAAUUUUUUUUAUAAAUAUUGCAAUGGAAGGAUAAUGUUGAAACGGACUAAGGUAUUCGUACGUAAUCAAGCAACGUUUUUUAUAACUUUUAUAAAUAUGAUCUGUGCCGCUCCUGUAAAAUAUUUCUAAGCCUUCGUGUUCGAGUUAUUAAGUUUAAAACUAUUCUUAGACGUUUAUAUUUGACUCAACGAUACCUAUGCUGUGUGAUGAUUUCACUUUCAAUUUAAAUUUAAUUUUAGCUGCUUGAUAAUAGUACAUUUAACUAUGAAAUAUCCAGUAUUUUGUUGCAUCUAUAUGUGUUCAAUUAUUAUUGCAACAAAUAUGAUUGGACAAUGUCAAGGUCGGACAUUAUCUCUUGGAGUGCUUGUUCCUUAUAGCGGUGCGAGAUCAUUUGGGGACGAGUUAGACGUAUCAAUGGAUUUAGCGCUGAAAAAGGUUAACUCAAGUCCGGACCUCGUGUACUUACGAAGGGAAAAUGUGACACUUGACUUCACGGUAGCCGAUACUAAGUGUGAUAUAGGAACUGGUCUGUUUGAACUUGUCGAGAUAAGCAGCUCAUCAGAUGCGUUCAUAGGUCCAGGUUGUGAUUCACUUUGCAAGCCAGCUGGACUGUUAGCCGGUAAGUGGAACAAGCCAAUGAUUAGCUACAGCUGUUCGUCCAGGCUUCUGAGUGAUCGUAAAAAUUACCCGACCUUCGCCAGGACAACGGCACUGUACGGGGAGAUGUCUUAUUUUAUCAUCGACAUUAUAAAGUACUAUCAUUGGGAUAGGGUAGUUCUGGUGGAAGGACCGGAGAGUAUUUGGCGGGAAACUGUUGGAGAAUAUCAGCAAAUGUUCGAGAAAAACGGUAUAAUUACAGACAUAAUGAGUAUUCCGUCGGAUGCGACACAUGCCAUACUUGAGAAGCAUCUCAAACACGUGACAGCUCAGGCUAAAGUUUUCAUAAUAUGUGCUUACGGACUUGAUGUACUGUAUGUACUAUGCGCCGCCGACUCUGCCAAAAUGUUGAAUGGCGAUCAUGCAUUUAUAACCAUAGAUUUUGCAUACAUGACGCAGACAAAACCGGAAGGCCGACCGUGUAACUUGAAUACAAUUUUAGAAGGUUUACUGGACGUAACUGUACAGCUCGAUGAAGGUUACUCCGGUUAUCAACUUUUCGUCAGGGAACUUGUCGAGCGCAUCGGAGGAGAACGAGGUGCAGAGAUCGGUAUACAUUAUGGCAUGAUAUAUGACGCAGUUUACUUGUAUGCUCUGGGUAUGGACGCGGUUAUAGGAAAAGGCGGCGAUCCAUCUGAUGGUAAACUAGUCAUAAACCAGUUGUUACAUCAUUCAUUUCAAGGUAUUACUGGGAAAAUACAGAUAGAUACAAAUGGUACACGACGAACCAACUUCACUUUGCAUAAUAUAUUCCACGACACAUAUGUGACAGUUGCUCAGGGAAACACGAGUAUUGGAGGCCUAACGUUUGUUCAGGAUACUGUCAUAUACUGGCCAGGCGGUACGGCUAAGGCACCUCUAGGACGACCUGUCUGCGGUUGGGACAGCGAAUACUGUAGCGAAACCGACGACUACAUUCCAGUGUUCGCCGCUGUCGGUAUGGUAGUAUUGAUGAUUGUUUCAGUGACUUCCGGUAUGGCGAUAUUUCUAUACAAGAAGAGGAAAUAUCAAGAACGAAUGGAAAGCAUGUCUUGGAAAAUUUCUUAUGAUGAUAUUGACUUUAAAGUUGGCUCGUACGGCGGAAGCAUUUACGGAAGUAGAUUACAUUUAGGUGGAUUGUCAUCCAAAAAACGAGAAAACCCACCAUCGCCAUGUAUGACACAGAUUUCUCAGUACUCAGGAACUUUCUUGUCGAGAAGAUCCAAGUCUAGAGAGACUGUAAAUGAGGCCGUGAGAGCUACUAGUGUAGAUUCCAAUAUAUCCAGUGGACAGUUAUUUACCAAAAUUGCCAGUUAUCGAGGGAAACUACUGGCGAUUAAAUAUAUCAACAAACAAUAUGUUGCUGUUUCAAAGCCGCUAAUUAAGGAAAUCAACGAGAUCCGCAACUUAAGCCACAGGAACAUUAAUCCACUUGUAGGAGCAUGCAUUGAUCCUAUGAAAAUCUGCCUAUUAUCUAUAUAUUGUCCAAAAGGAAGUCUUCAAGAUGUUUUAGAGAAUGACAACAUAAAGCUGGAUCAGAUUUUCAAAGUAUCAUUUGCUUCAGAUAUCGCUACGGGAAUGAAUUAUUUGCAUUCAACAAUCGUUAAGAGUCACGGACACCUUAAGUCGUCUAAUGUGUUUAUUGACCAACACUGGACAUGCAGAGUGGGAGAUAUCGGCAUGCCUGUUUUCAGACAGGGAGAGAAACCGUUUUCAGAUCCAGCUAUCCGAGACUGUUAUCAACUUCUAUGGACAGCUCCAGAAAUAUUAAGAGAUUCAGAGAGUACUUCAAGAGGAACACAGAAAGGGGAUGUUUAUUCAUAUGGUAUUAUUCUGCAGGAAAUAAUGCUAAGAACAGGCCCAUACGGCUAUCACAACAUGGACCCUGACGAUAUUUUGUCACGUAUUACUCAAAAAGAAACACCACCAUUUCGUCCACUGGUUCCGGCUGUUGAAAGCAUUCCAGAAAUUGAUGACGUCAUGAGAAUGGCCUGGGAGGAAGUGCCUUUAUUUCGACCAACGUUUGCAACGAUUUUAGAAUCGCUCAAAAAAUUCAACAACGGAAGAACAACAAACUUAGUUGACCAGAUGGUCCAUAUGAUGGAGAAGUACGCGGAUCAUUUAGAAGAUCUGGUACAUGAACGAACUGAACUGCUGGAACUAGAACAGAAGCGUACAGAGGAUCUGUUGUGUAGAAUGUUGCCAAGAACGAUUGCAAAUGAUUUGAAAGUAGGAAAAAUCAUAGCACCAGAAUCCUACGACUGUGUUACCGUGUUCUUUUCUGAUAUUGUUGGCUUCACGGCCCUCUCGUCGCAGAGUACAGCAAUGGAGAUUGUUAAUUUUCUUAAUGAUUUGUACACCUGCUUCGACACAGUUAUAGAGGAUUUUGAUGUUUAUAAGGUCGAGACUAUUGGCGAUGCCUAUAUGGUAGUAAGUGGUCUUCCAGUACGAAAUGGCAAUAAACAUGCAGGGGAAAUUGCAACCAUGGCUCUCAAUUUGCUCAGCUCGGUGACUACAUUUAAAAUCAGACACAGGCCAAAUCAACAACUACAGAUGCGUAUUGGCAUACACAGCGGACCAGUUUGUGCCGGUGUUGUUGGCCUGAAAAUGCCACGAUAUUGCUUGUUUGGCGACACGGUUAACUAUGCGUCUAGAAUGGAGUCGACAGGACUAGCCCUGAGAAUCCACGUGAGCCCAGAAUGCAAAGCUUUGCUGGAGGAACUUGAUGGUUUCCAUUUUGAGUGCCGGGGAUUGGUGGAAAUGAAGGGCAAAGGACAAAUACGAACAUAUUUUCUCCUCGGUAGACAAGGAUUUAGUAAACCACUUCCGGAUUUGAAACUAGCAGUGACAGCCGUGAAACAUGAGCUGAAGUUAAAUCCAAUAGUACCAAAUGGAAUUAAGAACAAACUGUAACAUGGUGGCGCAAAAUAAAAAAUAACUGAGUAUAAGUGAGUGACUAUUUCGCAAAGGAAACUGGCCCGAGAAGGAAUCAGUAGUAACAAUCACUAGUAACAAUCACAUUGUUAAAUAAACAUUAUGUUGGUUACUGGUUUGAUGUUUUUGGUAUCAUUGAUGUCAAGAAGAAGGUCUAAGAAAUAUAUUAUUUUUACCGCAGAAUAUGAAAUGAUGAUCUUGUGAAAUGUUCAAAAGUAAAGGAGACUAUGUAGUCUUAUUAAACCUUGAGGACAUUGUAUUGCAUUUUACCUAUAUUAAGCAGAAUCAUCUACGUAAAUACCAAAUGACAACUUAAAGACUGUCAGCCUACAUAUAUAUUCGGUUAAUUUAACCUAUUCGAAGUGAUAUUUAAAUAGUAUCAAAUCAUUCAUAUAUUCCCAAGGUCGUCUUGAAAUAGAUGGGUUAUCUUUAUAUAAUUAGCAAGCUGUUAUUUCUAGUUUUGUGGAUAGUAAAUACAGAAGAUACUUUAUCGACCUAUGUUUUGAUACUCAAUAAUACAAUAAAAUGGCGAUUUUCCUGUUGACUCAAUGGCCAAAAAUUGUUUUUCCUUUUCCAGCAAUGAAAAAUUCCAAGUAAUUUUUAAGAUUUAAAGUCAUGGUCACUAACAUAUUUUGAAGUUUUAUAGCAAUCUGUAAUAUAAUAUGAAAUGGAACAACAACUUCAAACUGUUAUUAAAUUUAUUCCCAACUA